CAGCAUUCUCCGCUUUCACAAAGCAGCAACUUCCCACGAAGCAAAAUGAAAUCAACGGUUGUAGCCGCUUUACUGUUAGCCUGUGUUGCUCUCGUUAAUUCGGGUGCUAUACCAGCACGACAAACGAACACCAACAUCAACCAAAAUAGCAAUGGCAACGACAACAUUUUGUACGACUUUUUGGUGAGCAUUGCGGAGUCUGGCCCACAGGAGCCCAUUCCGACUCACAAGCCCAGGCCUCCAGUAGUCCCUACCUACAGGCCCAAGCCUACCUAUAGGCCCAAGCCUACCUAUAGGCCCAAGCCUACCUAUAGGCCCAAGCCUACCUACAGGCCCGAGCCUACCUACAAGCCCGAGCCUACCUACAAGCCCGAGCCUACCUACAAGCCCAAGCCUACCUACAAGCCCAAUCCCACCUACAAGCCCAAUCCCACCUACAAGCCCAAUCCCACUUACAAGCCCAUUCCCACUUACAAGCCCAUUCCGACCUACAAGCCCAUUCCGACCUACAAGCCCAUUCCCACCUACAAACCCAUUCCCACCUACAAGCCCAGACCUCCAGUGGUCCCUACCUACAAGCCGAUUCCCACUCAAAAGCCUUGCAAACAUUGUUCUGCCUAUCCGACGUCGUACGAUUCUCAUGGAGAGAAACCUUUAGAAUCCCCAUUCGGUUUAAAUUUAGAUGAUCUCUUUAAUUUCAAAACGAGCGAAAACGCAAAAUCAGAGUCCGACGCAAAAUCGAAUGAGGCAACGCAAGUGCUCAGUGAUGACGUUCUCGAAACUAACUUCCGCAGAACUUCACCAGAGAGCGAGACUUCGGAAAUGGAGUCGCAAAACAUGGAUUUCGAAAACUAGGACCACAAGCUAAAAUGACACAAAAAUCCUACUGAUUUCUCUAAGAUUGUUUAAUCACCGAGUGAUCUGAAACGGACCAAGCACUUUACAUUCCUUCCUCUGACCAACGAUUUAAAAAAAAAUUCUAAUUGCUAUAAAUUCUUAUGGGCUAGACUAGAUUUUCACGUUGCAAAGCAAAUGGAUUUCUAUUUUGGAUACUUUUGGUUAAUACACACUGGUAAAAAC